AAAAAGUUGUGGCAGCCAUUAGAAGCAGCUAUGGCACCGUCGGCAUCGAAGCAGAAGCGCCUAGCCGCCAAGAAGGACAAGGCGAGCGGCACAGACUCGCCUUCGACCACGACUGGCAGCCCGUCCAUGGCGAGCUCGGCCAAUGGCACGCCCAUGACGAACUUGUCGACCAAUACUUCUGCAGAGGAUCUCUCAAUGGCAAAGCUCAAGCUGGCCACUGAUCGUUCUGGCUCCGGCGUGCUCGUCAGUGACGGUCAGAGCCGUGACAUUCAUAUCGAGAGCUAUACGCUCUCUUUCCACGGUCGUCUCCUGAUUGAAAAUGCGAGCAUCUCACUCAAUUACGGUCAAAGAUACGGCUUGCUGGGCGAGAACGGCUCCGGCAAGACGACGUUCCUGGAAUCCAUCGCUCACAGAGACGUCGAAAUUCCCGAACAUAUCGAUAUCUAUCUCGUCCAGGGUGAAGCAGCGCCUUCGGAUGUCAACGCGCUCGACACCAUUGUCGCCUCUGCAAAGGCGAAAGUGGCAAAGAUCGAGAAGGAGAUUGAAGAGAUGUCGAUUGCCGACGUGGUCGAUGACCUUGCGCUCGAGCGGAAAUAUGAGGAGCUCGAAGAACUCGACCCCAACACAUUCGAAGCAAAAGCGGGUUCAAUUUUGCACGGUCUCGGGUUCAGCCAGCAGAUGAUGGGCAAGCCGACAAAGGACAUGUCCGGUGGUUGGCGUAUGCGUGUCGCGCUCGCUCAAGCCCUCUUUGUGAAGCCUCACCUCUUGCUGCUAGACGAGCCCACAAAUCAUCUGGAUUUGGAAGCUGUCGUGUGGCUUGAAGCGUAUCUUUCGACCUACAAUCACAUCCUCGUCUUCACCUCGCAUUCCCAGGAUUUCAUGGACUCUGUCUGUACCAACAUCAUGGACCUCACCCAAUCUCGCAAGCUCAACUACUACAGCGGCAACUUCUCGACCUACGUACGAACAAAGACGGAGAACGAAGUCAAUCAGAUGAAGGCGUACGACAAGCAACAGGAAGAGAUUGCCCACAUCAAGAAAUUCAUUGCAAGCGCAGGUACGUAUGCAAACUUGGUGAAGCAGGCAAAGUCGAAGCAAAAGAUCAUCGACAAGAUGGAGGCAGCCGGCUUGAUCGAGAAGGUGACGAUACCGAAGCAGCUUCGCUUCCACUUUGACGACGUACGAAAGAUGCCGCCGCCUAUCAUUGCUUUCAACGAUGUCGCCUUCUCUUACGAUGGCAAGAAGGAGAACUACCUGUACAAGGAUCUUUCUUUCGGCAUAGACAUGGAUUCUCGAGUGGCUAUCGUCGGACAGAACGGCACGGGCAAAUCGACUUUGCUCAACCUGAUCACUGGCGUCCUCAUGCCAGUCGAAGGCUCUGUCCAGCGUCAUGCCGGUCUGAAGCUCGCAAAGUACAGCCAACAUUCGGCUGAUCAGCUACCAUAUGAAAAAUCUGCGAUUGACUACUUCGGCGCGCUCUAUCACGAGAGGUUCCCAGAACGUGAUACGCAAGCCUGGCGAAGCCAGCUCGGCCGAUUCGGUCUCUCCGGUGCCCAUCAGACGGCACCCAUCAAGCAAUUGUCGGACGGAUUGAGGAAUCGUGUCGUCUUUGCCCAACUUGCUCAGGAACAACCUCACGUUCUCUUGCUCGACGAGCCGACAAAUCACUUGGAUCCUGGCUCGAUCGAUGCACUCGCUCAGGCCAUCAAGGACUUUGAGGGCGGUGUCGUCAUUGUCAGUCACGACUUCAGACUGAUCAGUCAGGUCGCAGAAGAGCUCUGGGAGGUCAAGGAUCGCAAGAUCGUCAAUCUGACGAGGGCGGAUGUCGAUAUCAUCAAGUACAAGCAGCAGCUCGUCGAACGGUCAAAAGCUGCUCUGGAAAAGGCCAAACUGACCGGUAAGAAGUGAGACACUGUUGUACCCGCGACGCAAUAGAGACUGUGCUUGCACACCCGGUCGCGCG